AUGGAAAUCCGGCUUCUGUUGGAUGAGAAGGUCUUGUGGGCCCAAUCUGUUGCAGAGAUGGAAACCAACAUGGCCUUGAACUACAGUGUUUUGUUGCGAUCACCUUCUCCUGAUGCCACUGUGCAGGUGACCUUCACACAAGUGCCCAAGCCUGGCUGGGAAGAGUCGGAGCCAGCUCUGAUUGGCUCAUGCUCUUGGAAGCUUGCUGAGACAGGUUCUUUGAUCAAGGACGUUUCACUGCCAAAUUCAAAGAAGAAGGUUGGCGCUGUCUUGCGCAUGCGUUCCAUUGCCUUGGGUGGUGGAAGUACCAUUGCUUCUGGCUUGCAUGAGCGCAGAUCCUUGCACAGUGAGGGCCGCUCUUGGCAGGUUCUCGGCAGUUCAGAAGCUUUCCAGAAUCUUGAUGGAGUGACCAAUUUCACCAAAGAUCAAGUCAGCCUCAUGCCCGCUGCAGAUGAGACUGCAACUCUGGUUCCUGGAGCUCGAAGACCUCAAUCUCCUGAACGUCACCCAGCUCACACCACUGGAGGUCCUCGGUCUACAGGUCCUAGGUCCACAGGUCCUGGGUCUGGCGGUCCUGGGUCCAAAGGUCCUGGAGCUGCAUACAGCAAGAUGGAGGUUGAUGAUGUUAGCUUCUAUGACAGUGUUUCUCAGGUCGGUGCUCGAGGUCCACUUGGUGUGAAGCCCCGCAGCAAUAUGACAAGCGCAUCAUCAGUGCCACAAGCAUAUGCGGGUGGGGCCGCCAUGAAUGCAUCAGCGCUGUGUGCCAGGUUCAUGGUUGACAUCAGGAUCUUUGAGUGGACACCCCAGUCUGUCGAGGAAUACCUGAACUCUGGGCAGGUCCCGAAUGGUCUGCCAUUGGAUGGUCAGGCCAGUGUGUCAGCCCUUGCACUUGGGUUUGACUACAGCACCAACCAGUACGACAAUAAAUCGCAGAUCUACAACUCCGCAAUUUGGACCAAGGAUCAGCAGCUUCUGGCCACAGCUGUCCAAGAGGGGUUGGAUUAUGUGCUGAGCCAAGCCGCCCAACUCGAUGAGCUCGUCCGCUUGGGGCUUCGCAUCAGCCGACAGUGGGUCUAUCACAUACUGAAAGGUGAAAUGGUCUGGGGACCGGCCCUAGCCAUGUGGGUCAGCCAAAGGAGGCCCUUGAAAUUCAAGACCCGGGUGCAGAGAGGAGGCUUUGAAAUUCAAGAGCUCUUGCCAGCGGAUGAUGGGGACGUGGACUAUUAUGCCCAUGGCAACUGGUACUUGAGUUUCUUGAAGGACAGCCUCCUCCAGGGCAGGGUGUGGCAGGGUGGUCCUAGGUCUUCGGUCCCUCGGUGCCUUCCAGCAAAUCAGACGCAAGAACGACAUGCAAUGGACCAGGAGAUUGAGAACUACAACAAAGGUCUGCUGCAAACGGCAUUUGAGCGGGUUUCCCUGGUUCCCCAGACUGCAGGAUGUUUCCUGAGGCUCCGCGAAAACACACGGCCAAUGUAUACUUUGCCGCAGAUCAUUGGCCAGAUCUACAUGCAAGUGUGCACGGACCCUCACAAGUUCCUCUCUGCAAGUGCUUUGGGUUUGAUUGGCCCUCCCGGCACAAAUGCUCAGACUUGGUGGGUUGCAAUGGACGGUUGGUACUAUGUGCUGAUGAGCCAGGUGAUUGGUGACGGUCUCAGUGCCACAGCAGACAGCAUCCGUUGGUACAAGUGUGGUUUGAAUGCAGCCAGCCAUGACCCCACCAACCUGAAUGAAGCUGUGCCAGAUGAAGGUGGCCGCACCCUUGCCAUCUCCUAUCACCAGUAUGAUGGGAUGACUCCCCGUUCCUCGGUCAUGACUGUGGGCACUGAUGGCGAAGUGCAAACAACCAUGGUGCUGUGGUUUCAGAAGCCGCCAACCCAACAAGGGCGUCGCCAGCAGGAUCGCCAUUUGAUCCGCUGCGUGGAGGUCCCCACUGAGAUCAAGGAGGCCAUGCUUGCCCGUCCGAAUGCCACAGCAGCUGCCAGCAGCCGUGCACCUUCGGCUGGGGCAGCUAGCCGUGGACGCUCGCAGACCCCGAGACGCCAGUCGGAUCAGCAGUGGAAUCAAUGGAGCUGA